AUGGUUUCUCUUGCUCUCUCGGCCUGGUCCACCACCACACUCUCCGGCAAGCCGCCGCCGUUCCCACCUCAUCUCCCGACCAAAACCGCCACCCGAGCCCGUCCCCUCGCCAUCUCAUGCAAAGCCGCUGACGAUGACACCGAAACCUCUUCCGACCUCGCAAAAAUCGACCGACGAAACUUACUCCUCGGAGCCGGUGGCCUAUCUGGUGCUGCUGCGGCCCAACUUCUCUCCCGCGGUCCCCCGGCCCUCGCCUCUCCCAUCACAUCCCCGGACCUCUCCAAAUGUUUCACCGGCACCAACUUCAACACCAAACAGCCACUUGACAUAACUUGUUGUCUCUCUAAUUGCUCGGACGCUACCGACUACAAGCUCCCGCCCGUCACCAAAAUGCGUGUCCGACCCGCGGCCCACCUUGCGGGGAAGGACUACUUUGCAAAGUACGAAGAAGCCCUUUCGCGCAUGAAGUCUUUACCGGACGACGACCCGCGGAGCUUCAUGCAGCAGGCCAAAAUCCACUGCGCCUACUGCAAUCUGGUCUACCCUCAGACGGGCGGGGCCCCAGACUUGAGGCUCCAAAUCCACAACUCCUGGCACUUCUUACCCUGGCACAGAUGGUACCUUUAUUUCUACGAGAGGAUCCUGGGAUAUUUGAUCGACGACCCAACCUUCGCCAUCCCGUUUUGGAACUGGGACCACCCGGACGGCAUGAUCAUGCCGGAGGAAUUCACGCGUUAG